GCAGAAGCCAAUAACUCAGAAAAUAAAACGUCCAAUGAGCUGUGAAGACUUAAAUGAGACAAAAUGAAUUUUCAUAGAGACAUAUCUAUAUACACAGUGACUGAUAAGAACUAAUCUCAAAAGAGUGACUCCCGGACCACCCAAGAGCCGUGACACAUGACUGAUAAGAACCUCAUGACGAGGCACAAAAGCUGGCUUAACAAAACUAAGGCUGGGUCGACGCCACUACGUCCCCUCCUGCACUUGAUCACCUAUAUACAUAUAUAAAAGAAUGAGCUAAAGCCCAGUGACUAACAAUAGUAUAAAGAGGUUAUGAAUGAAGUCCUUACAGUAAUCCAAAUCAGCUACUUAUAGCAUUAGAUAGAAAAUUAGAUUCAUUUGCAUAGCAAAUCCAUAUUUCAUACAGAAAACGUAGCAGUUAUACGUGGUACGUCCAAUAGCAGGACAGUGCAGACGGUCAUGAAGAUCGAACAGUCAUAUAUGAUGGCCAUCAAUACAGUAAACAGAAGUUCCAAGAAUUGGAAUUGACAGAGAUCUCUGUAACCGAAAUAGUAACAGAUGCUAAGGAUGCCACGAAUACAGUUUAUAAAACAGGACAAUCAUUCAAUCAGUCAGAAAAUAACAUUUUAGAAACAGAGUAUUUUGUAAGUCAUAAAAUACUUAUAAUUCAAACAUAUCUUUACAAGGUUGUUACUCACUGUUGGCUCUUUAGAACACGUGGGUAGGACGCGGCAUUUGACCUACACAAAUAGAUUUAAACACAAUGGUUUAACACACAAUCCUCUCAUGCAAACACUACCUAACCUAACCGUUAUUUAUUCUCUAACCCAUUCACAAUCAUUCUUUCAUUUUCUCUUGUGUUCGUGCAAUGCAAAUGCAUACGAAAACAGUUGAAAACCAUGCAAUUGGAGGCCCGAAAAGCAAAGAAAACAGAAAGGAAAUAAACCUAAGCUGGCCGUACUGGCCACACGUGUGGCAGCCCUGGUUGCUCGUGCGGUGGCCUUGGCCGCUCUAGUGAGCAGAAUGAAAAAGUGAACAGAGGAAGGCCGGCCGCUCGUGCCGUGCCCCCUGCCGCUCGUGCGGUCCACCAGCAAAAGAAAAAGUGGAGCAGAAAAAGGCUUGGCCGCUCGUGUGGUGGCCUAGGCCACUUGAGCGGUCUGGGUGAAAAACCAAUUCGAAAAUUUGCUUCAAAGUUGAAACUCCAUUUUUGCAAACCCAACUUCAAAUUCAUGCAAAUCAGAACCCAAAACUCACAAAAACAUGUUGAAUAAUCAAGUUCUAACCUCCAGUUAAACCAUGACUUCAAAACAAAACUCAUUUGUCAUACAACAAGAUCAAACUCUAGAAUUUAGGGCCAAAAAUCAACAACUAUGCAAAUGUUAACUUCCAAACUCAAAAAUCCAUGGAGUUUCAUCCUCCAUCCUCAAGAAUCAUGCAAGAAAUGAGUGAUUGAUCAUGUAGGGUGCCAUGUAUAACAAGAUUUUGAGCCAUAUCCUACAAGGUCUCCUUUUAGGUUUUAUAACUCAAACAUACACCACCCAAUCCCUAAUUCAACUCAACUUCUACAAUCUCAUGGAUAAAUUUACUUAAUCUUAUGGGUUAGAUAAGAAUUCUUACCUUGAUUGUGGAAUUGAUGAAGGUUUACUCUAUAAGCCCCUUGAUACUCCUCUUUUCUUCUUUCCUCUCUUGAGCUCUUUUUUUCCCUUUCUCUAGAACUCUCUCUCAUGUCUCUAUUCCUCUUAUUUGUUGACUAGACCAACAUUUUCCGUAAUAAAAUUUUAAGUUUCACUUAAUUUAAAUCAAAUUCACCUAAUCAAGGCAAUCUUCAUAUAAUCUAAUUUAACUUAACCCAAACUUAAUCUUCUUAAAGUGAAUUAGGCUCUAACCACCUAGUCCAACAUCAAAUUUUUAACCUUAUAAUUUAACGAAUCAGACAGGUCUUUUUCACAAAUUAACAUAUCUGUGAAUCAAAACAUACUUCAAAUAAUCCAUGGCAUAUAAUUAACACACAUGCAAGCAUAUAAAUCACAUAAAAGCACAUGAUUAAGGUAACCUUCAGAUUUAACAGUUAAUAAAGGAGGUAGGUGUUACAAAUGCUUUGUGCUAAAGAGUGAUGCAACAGUCGCCUAUGUAGUCGGCGCACCAUGCGAUCAAUUGGGGUAAGGGCAGAUAUAUGAAUCUAUUCGGCAUCACAUUUGCUGGUAGAGCAGGCAGCCGAAUCGGCACAUAGUGCCCUACUUGACCAAUGCUUGGUGUCGAUUCAAACGUGGUACCGAAGCAAAGGAGUGAUGCAGGCCGAAUAGGGCGAUCCAUGUAUGCCACUUAGCAUCAUUAAACAUGUUCCAUUGAAUAAAAAUUAAGAAGAGUGUUGAGGUGUGCAGCAAGCUAUGUAUUCAUUAAUAAACCAACAAACUAUUUUCAUUAAAAAACUGAAUCCAUUACAUCUAUUUCACUUUACAUAUGAAAACGGCCCCAUUACAUCAAAAAGAACAAAAACAUAACGAAAAUGGUUACAUCAAAAAGAACAAAAAUAUAACGAAAAUGAUUACAUUAUCCUACUUCAAAAGUCCUCAGGAUCCGAUUUCAGAGGGUCUACUUCUUCUUGCUCAUACGGAAUUGGCGUAUUGAGCGUAGCUUUUGCAGCUGCCAAGGCUUUAAGCCAGCCAUGCUUGAAACCUCUGUUGUUAGAAUCGUACGAUUCGCGAUUCGAAUCGUACGAUUCGGUUCGAUACACAUAGAAAUCAAUUCGAACAGGUAGAUGGAAUCGCAAAUGGCACAGAAUUGCAUCUGAAUCGAUCGAUUCACGAUACGAAUUGAAGAAUCGCUGAAUCGCACGAUUCCUUACAGUCGCGGGUCGACCCAGUUUUCUUGGACCCGAAUAAAAAAAAUUCAAUUUUUGGCCCAAUUUUUUUGCUUUUUCUUGGCAGAAGAUGGGUCGCCUAGUCUUCUAAGACCAAACGACAGUCCAACCAAGGUAACCCAUGGUCUCUUUUUACUCCCAACAAACAAAACCCUAGAAAUACUCACCUCUUUGUUCGAUGCAGAGCUUCGUGGUCCUUCUUCUCACUGUUUGGUGGCCCCUUGCUGCUGGAAUCUGCUUCGUGGCCCUUCGUAUAGUCUUCAAAACUUUAUUAAAGUUUGUCCUCUUUUGGGUCUUCAAUUUUGUUUGAGCUGUUACUAGAUAAACUUCAUAUAGGUAAUAUAAAAUGCUAUAUUGACUUUAUACUCUUUCUUUUCCAUUACUUUAUUGUCUAUUAUGGACUGUAGAAGUAUCCAUUACUUAUUGUCUAUUGUGGACUGUAGAAGCAUUGAAGUUGCUGCUGUGUGGGUGGGACAUUAAAAAAAUAUUUUGCUUUUUUUAAUGGAUAAAAAAAAUGAAAAGCAAAAAAAAAAGUAGGAAACAAGAUCCGACAUGGGACCAUUGUAGCCGUGUCAAAGAUAACAAUAGAAUGCAUUUGAGAUAUAAUUAUUGUGGAAAAGAUUAUUGGGGUGGAGUGAUUCGAAUGAAAAAUCAUUUAACCGGAACUCAUGAUAAUGUUGGUGCUUGUAGUCAAGUUUCUGAAGAUGUUAUGAAUAUGUUUUUACAACUGUUAAGUGGAAAAAAACAAGACAAUAUUAUAGAUGUUGAUUGUUUUGAAGAAAAAAUGUUGAGGGGAAAAGUAAAGGGGAAACUAUGGAUGCAUAUGUCACAAAGGGGAGGGCAAAGCAACAAAGCCUAAAUCAAAUGGUGAAGCAAAGGGAGCCCGUGAUUAGAGAUAUUUGAAGAGUCAUUUAUGGGCAUGCAUUGGCUUUUAAUUUAGUGAAAAGCCCCUUGUUUAAAAAGAUGUUGAAGUCGGUUGGUGAGUAUGGUGUGGGAUUGAAACCACCUAGUUAUCAUGAAGUGAGAGUAUCUUUUUUGAAAAAAAAGGUUGAUCAUGUGAAUGCAAGUUUAGAAGUGUAUAGAAAAGAAUGGAAGAAGACGGGUUGCACUAUAAUGUCCGAUGGAUGGACCGAUGGAAAGUCUCAUUCUCUUACUAAUUUCCUUGUUAAUAGUCCAAGUGGAACGGUGUUUAUUAAAUCAAUAGACACCUCCAGUGCAAUUAAAAAUUCUAUGAAAUUAUUUGAGAUGCUUGAUGACAUUGUGAAUGAAAUUGGGGAAGAAAAUGUGGUUCAAGUGGUAACCGAUAGUGCAUCGGUGUAUGUAGGUGUCGGUAGAUUAUUGGAAGAGAAGAGGACUAAAUUGUUUUGGUCCCCAUGUGCAGCACAUUGCCUUGACUUAAUGUUUAGUGACAUAGGUGAGUUGACCGUUUUCAAAGAUACAAUAAUUAAAGCCGAGGAAAUCGCUAUGUACAUUUAUAGGCAUGCUUGGGUGCUUGAUUUGUUCAGAAAAUUUGCAAAGAAUAGGGAGUUGACAAGACCCGCGGUUACUAGAUUUGCCACUGCCUUCCUUACUUUAAAAAGUUUCCAAGAUAGAAAGCUCCAACUUAGAGCUAUGUUUGCAUCGGAAGAGUGGGCUAGAAGUAGCUAUUCUACAUCUGUUAAUGCAAAAAAGGCACAAGGAACAAUCUUGGGAGACACUAGAUUUUGGAAAGCAAUCAAGUAUUGCUUGAAGUGUGUGCUCCCUUUGGUGAAAAUUUUGAGGCUUGUGGAUGGUGAUGAAAAGCCGGCAAUGGGAUUUAUUUAUGAAGCUAUGGAUAGAGCGAAGGUAGAAAUUGCUUCAAACUUGAACCAUGUGAGGGAUAGAUACAAGCGCAUUUGGGAAAUUAUUGAUACUAAAUGGGAUUCACAACUCCAUAGGCCUUUUCAUGCAGCGCCAUAUUACCUUAAUCCGAUAAAACUUCACUGUGGAUACGGAGGUGAAAAUUGGUUUAUUUAAAACCAUUGAGAGGAUGUAUCUGGAUAUAGAGGAUAGAGCGAAGGUUGAUAAGCAAUUAGAAAAGUUCAAGAAGGCCGAGGGUAUGUUUGGUAUGAGCAUGGCCAUCUUGACAAGGGAAAAGAAACAACUCGGUAAAAUUUUUGAUUAUGAAAUUGUAUAUUCACAAUUUCACAACAAUUAUGUUGGCAAUGGCAUGCAUUAUUCUCUAACAUCUCUUUAUCAUUUAAUUACAGCUCUAUGGUGGGAAAGUUACGGAGAAGAGUACAAAGAGCUUCAAAAGCUAGCUAUUAGAGUGCUAAGUCUUACUUGUAGUGCCACCAGGUGUGAGAGAAAUUGGAGCACUUUUGAUCAUGUGCACUCGAAGAAAAGAAACCGGU